AUGCACAUUGCAACACUUGAUGACUUCGCCUUCAUUAAGAAGCUUGGAAGUGGUGACAUAGGCACUGUGUAUCUUGUGGAGCUCAAAGGGUCUAAAGGGCGCAUGUUUGCAGCCAAGGUUAUGGACAAAAAGGAAUUGGCAUAUAGGAACAAAGAGAGUAGGGCAGGGAUAGAGAAGGAAAUACUUGAAAUGUUGGACCACCCAUUUUUGCCCUCACUCUGUACCAUAUUGGAUUGUCCUAGGUGGUCUUGUUCGUUGACCAAUUUUUGUCCCGGUGGCGACCUCAACAUUCUCCGGCAACAACAACCCGAAAAAAGGUUCGACGACGUUGCUGUCCGGUACUAUGCAUCUGAAGUGUGUGGUAACUCAAACUCGACGGCUAAGGAUUUGAUAAGCCAACUCUUGAACAAGGAUCCCAAAAGAGAAUGGGGUUUAUGA